GGUCCUGCACGCAACGCAGAAAAGCGCUGAAACUGCGAAGUUUUACUUUGGCUGCCUUCUGCCGACAACGAGCUCGAGGAGGUGUGUGUUUGACAGCCAGAGGAGCAACAAAACACUUUCGACUUAGAAAGUGAUUUUGCUAUUCGUGUUGGCCCUCUAAAAUUAAAAGCCAUCAUUCUACUUUUUGUGCUUGAUGCUGACGUGAAGCCGAGACCCUCGGCGCGCCUGGCACAUUAGGGUAUCCACACACCGGGACACAUCACACACCAGGAGAAGAGGAGAAAGGUCAACGUGGAGUUCUACAAAAUGGAUAUAAGAUCUCAAACUUUUUGAGGGUCGUGUCAAUCAUAACUAAUCCGUCUUACUAACACUGAUUGUUUCUGCGUCCUGCGCGCAACGGAUGAAAAUCGAGCUGGUGGUGUUGGUGCGUUUUUUGGAGGGAAUGCUUUUUAUCAGAGCGCGGAUAAAUCCCUGACCCAGUCUGGCUUUUUGGCACAUAUGAAGAUCAUAUCCAGGAUGUUACAGUCUAAGCGGCCCAGGCAUCAUUGGGCCACCGUACACUAUCAUCACCACAUAUCACCACAUAGCUGGGGUUCCUGCUGUAUCUAGGAAUUAUCCACCUUCCAACCUCUGCCUGCGCCUGGAGACAGAUAACGGAAUCUUAUCCAAGAAGUGUUUUGGUGAACAUUGACAUUGGCUUUACGAGCAUCAUCUCUGGGCUACUAUGCAAUUACAACUGAUCUCCUUUGUUUUGAUCAUCUUGCACUGCAUGGAUUACACUGGUUGUCAGCAACACAGCAGCCCCAGGCACCGACAACAUAAACUGAUCUCUGGUGUAAGCUCAGGGUGCCAGCAGGGUGGCUGUCUGACCUGCUCUGACUACAAUGGCUGUCUGUCCUGCAAGCCACGCUUCUUCAUGCAUUUGGAGAGGAUUGGAAUGAAGCAGAUCGGAGUGUGCAUGACUUCCUGUCCUCCAGGCUUUUAUGGCACACGCUCACCAGAAAGAAACACCUGCACAAAGUGCAGGUUGGAGUGUGACUCCUGCUUCAACAAGAACUUCUGCACGCGAUGUCGAGCGGGAUUCUACCUUCAUCUGGGCAAGUGCCAGGAGAACUGUCCCGAGGGGCUGGUCCGCAGUGACACACAGAGGGAAUGUAUUCCUAGGUGCCCUGCAGAGUGUGAGUCAUGUGCGAACAGCGACACAUGUACGCGGUGCCGGCCAGGCCUGUACCAGCUCAGUGGGAGGUGCCACCAUGUCUGUCCAGACAACUAUGAGCCCGACGACAGCCUCAUGGAGUGCACACCACAAGUGCACUGCGAGGUAGGUGACUGGAAUGAGUGGAGUCCCUGCUCUCGGUCUGGUCGAACCUGUGGCUUCAAGCGGGGUCAGGAGACCCGCACACGGCAGGUCCUCCAGUACCCAUCGCCCUUUGGUGAACCCUGCCCUGAAAUUUCAGAGAUUAAAGAGUGCCUGGUCAAGAGGAGGAAAUGUCCAGGAGGGCGGAGGAAGAACGAGCGAAAAGAACGGAGGAAUCGCAAAGAUAAGGAGAACCAGGAAGGUCGAAGGGAAAGGAAGAGGGAAAGGGAGCGAGAGAGGGAGAGAGACACAGGUGAACGUGAAGAUUCUGAUAACAGGAACAAAACUGAGCACAGGCAUCGCAGGGGGCAUGCCACAGAGCCAGUCUCCCCCGAAGACGGCCUUGUACAGUAGUGCCCUGAUGGCUCCCCACCUUGCUCCUGUUACCCUCCCUCACCUCCUCGCCAUCACCCACUGUUCAUCCCCUCGACCCCUCUCAGCAGGGGUGUUGCUGCUACUUGUACAAUUUGAAUAUACUGUUUAUGCACAAACAGGAUGGGGCACAUUCAGGCACAAGACUUGGGCCACUACGAACUUUAAUAAAUCUAUUUUCCUCUUCUACCCUAAAGCCUACUUCUUCACUUCCGUCACUGAGAGUGUCUCUUGUAAAACGUGCAGGAGACACAGACUGCUGUUAGGACUGAAGAACAAAGUGUCUGUGACUGUGUGGAGGACUGUCAGACAGGAAGACAAAGAUGUGCUUGUUGUUAUGGUUAUUUAAUGGUGCCCUGGUACAUUGCGCAUCUUGGUGUUUGAAUGUAGAUUUUGCAACAUUAUGUAGAACAACCAUUUAUUAUUGUUGUUCCUGUUAUUUAGAUUUCUUAUUUUAUUUGCUGCAAAAUUUGUAAAGAAAAAAAACUAAAGUGAGUUUGCCCUUGCCAUCUGGUGGCAUCUUCAUAAUCAUUACAAAUAACAGAUGCAGGAGAACCUGCAUGCUGUUACACAAAGGAGUAUGGUCAAAACAGAAGUUCUGUACGUCUUGGACAAAGGCUAUCAGUUUUAUACAGAUAAAUGAGAAACCUAAUCCAUCACUGGUUUUCUUUUUGGUGUAAACGAAAUAUGUGCUCUCGUUAAAGCUCCUUGAUUAGGAACCAAAAGCCUCUGUAUGCCAAAUAAAAACUAUAAUGGGUUUAUAUCUGUGCCUGUCAUGCAUUUUCUUUUAGGACUGCUGUCCAGUGCAUCCUCUAGAAUGUGUUUAAAACCUUUUCAGAAUAAAAAGAAAGAGAAAUGCCGAGCGGUAAGAAGCUAGUAUUAACUGACCCAAAGGUUGCUAUGGUUUCAUUAGGGUGCAAAAAGCUAACACUAAAUCAUGUUUUUUCCAUGAUGGUAAGGAAAGUUUUCCAAAACUAAACAUCUGCAAUAGCUUGUUUCUUAGCACAUACUGUCAGUCAUUACAAAUGCAGUUUAAAUAAAUCAAGCAACCUGCAGUCCUAGGUGGGUCAAAACUCACAAUUGCGUUUAGAUGAAUUUUUGUAGGGCGCAACGCCUGCCUUUUCUUUCCUGGGAAAAAAGUAGCCAUGCCACCAUGAAAUCAAACUCCGAGAUGCAUUUUCUUUCAUUUGAAUUAGUGAAGCAUAUAAUGAGAAGCACUUCUGUAAUAUUAAGUUGCAUACAACUGAACAAUUCAUAUUUAAAGUAUUUCAGUGCUUUGAAAGUGUGUCAACAAAUUGAAUCUGACAUGUAAAAUGAAGGACCACGUCUGGAUUAAUCCAUUUUGUUCCAUGAAAAGUGUCAGUGGUCCUAGAUACUGGAUCAUUAUUUGAGCUGUAAACUGUCAAAGUCAGAUUUUUUUUGUAUAAACAAAGACAAAUAAAAUAUUUUUAAAGCUACACAGUUUAUUGGUGGAGUAUGUGGCUCAUCAUUCAGCUGAGAAAUCCCCAUUAAUACAGACUGUACAUGAAAACAUGAAAUGUUUCACAUUUGACAUUUGCAAAAUAUAGACAAGUUACAGUACAGUAUGUACAUAAAUCAUGGGUGGAUGAUAAAGCCAGGUCUUAAAACAUAAGUGAAGCAAUACAUAGCAAUAAAGAUCAAGGUCAACACCAGUAUAACUGGAUGGAAGCCUGACUACUGCUAAAACAAAAAAAAA